UUUUUGCCUGAUCCUGAUGACCAUUGUGAUUGGGGUCCUUUAUGAAGCGGUCAAGUAUCUCCGCCAGUACAUUCACAGGGAUAUCGCGAUUACAGAACCAGCUGAACCAGAGACUAGUGACACAACACGCCUUCUAGCUGACACCUACGAACAAAUCAGAUACUCUAUAAGGAGCAGAGAGCACUUGUUACAGACAUUGCUAUACGUGGUCCAGAUGGUUUGUAGCUACAUCCUCAUGCUGGUGGUGAUGACCUACAAUGUCUGGGUGGUAGUCACCAUGUUGGUGGCUCUGGGGGGAGGCUUUUUCGUCUGUGGAUGGAAGGUUCACCAGCUCGGUAGUCUGGACAUUGAGGCCUCCUGUCAGAACGAGUGCCACACCUCCCCUCUCAAACAGGAACUGGGACGUAGUGAGUUCCGUGAGUCUGAGCUGGAACCUCUGAGAGAGGGCAUGGAGACCAACCUUGAUCUUGACACCAACAACACAAGGGAGACGAAAAUCUAGAGUCGCCAGUAUCGUGUUUGUCUAACCAGAACCACAUGCAUAUUUGUAACAAACAAGGAUCUUCGACUAGUUUUUUGGUAACUUAAGGGAGAGUAUAUAAAGCUGAUGAUAUGAUAUUGUAUAGAUAAUACUAUAGAAAAACACCCUUGUUUGGAUUUAAUUGUAAAUCAUACUCAUAAUGUAUUGGUGAAUUAUGGAGAUUAUGUGAGGAUAACACUGCAAAUACAUGUACAUAUUGUUGUUUGGACUCUUCUGUGUAAUCCCACCUCUGAUCAUAUUGUCAAGUCGUGUUGUGCAACAGACUUCGCUGGUUUUGUAAUGAAAUAUUUGAUUGGUUGUUCUUUAUAUAACAAGGCACCAGCUGAUUGGCUGAUCAAAUCAGGUGCUGACACCGUCCUACCCUUGCCAUAUACAUGUAUAUCUAGUAUCUCUGCAGUUGGCAGUUUAAUUAUUCUCAGAUAAUCUAUGAUUAAAGGGUACUGAGCCUGACAUUCUCUCAUUCUUUUCAGCAUAAGUAUGAUGUAAAAGUGGGUUUGAUGAACUAUUUGUGAUUUCAUUUUGUCACUUAUGACCAGCCAGCCUGCUUACAUUUGUUACGAGAUACUAAAUGUAUGAACACAAUAUGCCACUUGCCAAGAACAGGAAUGUAUAUGCUCAGUAAUGAGGUUUUCUAGUUCUUUGUAAAUGUGUUUGUUAGCCGAUUUCACAUUCUGAAAUGAAAUUGGUGUAUCGUUUGUGUGUUUUGUUGUGUUUGUUAACAAAAGUACACAAAAAUGUUCUACACAAUUAGAUAAAGUGUUGGUGCAAUCUGUUAUGAUUUUGUAUACCUGUCUUUAACUGUAUAUAGACUUGAAAAUUUUCUGUUUAUUUAAUUUUAUAAGAUGUUUUUCUCUGUAAUUUGCUUUUAUAUUUAUGUUUGUAUGUGAACCAAGAGGUAAUUGAAAGUUAGACUGUGAUUGCUUUUUAGGCUGAGAGUUAGCUGCAAGUUUACGCAGGGUUUAUAGUCUCCAAAGAAUUAAUUGAUCGUUGCUUGGUUGAGUCUGCUAAAAAUGGAAUGGAUGUUGUUAGAGUUUAUUAGUUUUUGCAUUGUCAAGGUUAUACUGAGAGUUGAUUGGUUGUUUCUGGUUUAAGGCUUCUGAGAAUUGACUGAUUGAGUCUAUACUGGAGGUUCGUUGGUUGUUGCUAGUUGGGUAAUUUAUAGUGAACAGAACUAA